AUGGAACUGCUCAUUAAUCGGCUGGAUACUUCGACCAGAUACGACUGCUCCAAUAAAGAGGCUAGACGAUUCGGCGGUGGUGGGGAGCACGUGGCUAAUAUUUCCAUUGACCUCGCUGUUUCCACGUGUCACCGGCUUCAAGGCCACCUCACCUCGGGCUUUGACUCCGUCCCUUCCGUCCUCUUUAAGGCUCCCGAAAUAGCAAUGCUUUGCUCAUCGAAAGGCACUUAG